AUGGAAGACACGCUGCCCCUGGCUGGGCACAGUCUGGCAAUCUUCGUGACGGCGGCGGUGAUGGUGGGCCUGUCCAUCAUCGCCGUCUUCCUGCGAUGCUUUGUCCGGGUCUACAUUGUGCGCGCGUUUGGCUGGGACGAUGCGUUGAUGUUGAUAGCGCUGGCGCUAUUCAUCGCGUUGUGUGCACUGUGCAUGCUUGCCUCUGCUGCGGGCGUUGGACACAAGAUAGCUGAUUUCACAAGUAUUUCCCAGCUACAGAGGGCGUUAAAGUUAUGGUGGCUCGGUCAAAUGCUGUACCUCUGGGCCUCUGCCGUCUCGAAGAUCGCCAUCGCCCUCGCCCUCCUUCGCCUCGCCGUUCGUCGUCUGCACCGUUUCACGCUCUGGGCCGUCUGCGUGGUGAUUGUGAUUAUUGGGCUGGUCUUCUGGCUGGUUCUGCUCUUCAACUGUUGGCCCGUCGAGUACUUCUGGGAGAGGACAAACAUCUUCAAGAACGGGAAAUGCAUAUCCACGGAUGUCUUGCUCAUCAUCGCGUACUGCUAUAGUUCGCUGACGAUUGUCUGCGACGUUACGCUUGGAAUUCUCCCCGCAUGUUUGAUCUGGGGUCUACAAAUGAGUCGGCGGACGAAGCUUGCGUUGGUGGGAGUCCUCAGCUUGGGUGCAAUUGCGAGUGUCGCUGUUGUCAUUCGACUGCCGUAUCUCAAGAACUACUCCGACACUGACUUCCUCUACUCGACCUACCAAAUCGCCGUCUGGUCGGUCGUAGAAACCGGACUCGCCAUCAUCGCCGGCAGUCUCAUCACUCUCCGCCCCUUAUUCCGCUGGUUCCUCGACGGUGGUUCCUCCUACAAAGAGCACCGCACCCCUGGCCGAAAGACGACCCGGAAAUACGCCCUGUCGACCCUGACUGCCAAUGCCUCGAUGCCCGGCACCGAAGACCCGAAGUACUGGCGACCCGACCUGAGCGACAAUGGAAACACCAUCGUAACCUCGAUCACAGCGCCGCUCGGACGGAGUUUCAACGACAACAGCACGGUCGCGCUGAGUCCUAUGCUGCCGCCGCUGAGAAAGGGCUCGGUCAGCGUGCACCAGACCUUCAAUGUAUCGAACAACACGCAGUUGAGCCCCGCUGCGCCAUUUAAUUUUGGAUUCCCGGGCCAGUACAGUCCGGCCCCGGUGCAGGCCCCGGCUCAAGCGGCACCAGCACCGCCGUGGAACGCGCGGCCCAAUGGGUUCAGUCCGGGCGUCGGCCACUGGAUGCCCGCGGGCUACGACGCCCACCACAAAUGGCUGGGCGGCGUCAUCGCCCACGUCGACAGCAAGAAGGACAACGAGCUGCAUCCUGUCCUGAAAGAGUUCCAGCACCUCAUCGAAUCAAACACCCGCGUCUACAUGCUCAUGUCCGCCAUGUUCUCCGAGAUCCCCAAGAACCGCCACUACUGCAAGGACCCAACCGGCUGCUCCCAGAUCCGCGAUUACCCACACAUGCUGCAGGUUCUUAACCAUCUCCUGACUACUGCCCCCUCGUGGAACGACUUCUCGCUGAAAGUCGGCCUCGUCGGCCUGCCCAUCAACGCCGUCCUCGAUUGGUCGAUGGGCACGCCGAGCGGGUACGCCGCGUACCUGGACCCCGACGUCAACGCCAUGCUCAAGAAGGUCCUCGACGCCUGGGGCGAGUAUCUGACCUCACCAGAAUCAGCGAGUGUCCUGGACGAGUCCGAAUACGGCUGGUUCGGGAAGACGGGAAAAGAAAACCUCGAGCACGUCGCCAAUAUCCCACUGAGCACAAACCACUCCUUCGAGGAGCUCUUCGUCUGCGACCCCGCCGCCAAAUACCACGGCUACAAGUCCUGGGACGACUUCUUCACCCGUCUCUUCCGACCAGGAAUCCGCCCCGUCGCCUCACCCGACGACGACGCCGUCAUCGCCAACGCCUGCGAGUCCCAGCCGUACAAGGUCGCCCGCCAUGUCAAAGCCAAGGACUCGUUCUGGAUCAAGGGCCAGCCGUACAGCAUGUACGACAUGCUCUCGCAUGACCCCGUCGCGCCGCAGUUCGAGGGCGGCACCGUCUACCAGGCGUUCCUGAGCGCCCUGAGCUACCACCGCUGGCACGCGCCCGUGAGCGGGAAGAUCGUCAAGGCGUAUGUCGUCCCGGGGACGUACUACUCCGAGCCCCUCUUCUCGGGCCUCGUCAAUGAGCAAGGCGAGAAGAGCCAGGAUGGCAUCGACCCCGGCGGCGAGGUCACGACGCAGGAGUACCUGAGCUGUGUUGCGACGAGGGCGAUUAUCCUCAUCCAGUGCGAUAACCCUGCGAUUGGGCUCAUGGCGUUCCUGGGGAUUGGGAUGUGUGAAGUUUCGACGUGUGAUAUUACCGUUAAGGAGGGGCAGCAUGUGAAGAAGGGCGAUCAGUUGGGUAUGUUUCAUUUUGGGGGGAGUACGCAUUGUUUGCUUUUUAGGAAGGGCGUGCAGGUUCACGAUUUGCCGUCGCCGGAUCUGGGGCGUAAUGUUGCUGUUUGUAGUCGGCUUGGUGUUGUCAAGGCUUAG